CUGCACCUCGCUGUGAAAGGAAAAUUGAAAGACGCUGUGCAGAUACUGAUUCAAGCCGGAGCAAGGAUCAACACGGUUGCAAAAAAUGGCCUAACUCCGCUUCAUGUGGCAGUAAAACACAAGCAAAAAGAAAUUCUCAAGCUGCUUCUAAAACAGGGAACCAAUAAGAAUGUUAUGGACAUGGAAGGUCGUACACCACUCUAUUUAUCAGUAGAAGAUGGUGACAUUGAAACUAUAAAUCUGUUAAUAGAAGGAGGUGCGAAUGCCAAAGUAGCGACAGAAGAUGGAAGAACACCGCUGCACAUUGCGUUAAAUUGGAAUGCUUCGGAGCGAUUACUCAAUAUGGGCGCUCGAAUCGAUGCGGAUCGGAGAGAUGGAUACACGCCAGUGCUUGGUGCUGUCAUAAGAGGUAAUAAAGAUAUUUUACAGCAGUUGUUGGGUAAGGGAGCCAGCGUGGACGAUGAAGAUGAAGAUGGAUACUCAGCAUUGCAUCUUGCUGUCCUCCACGGAAACAAAAAUAUCACUUCAUUGCUGUUAAAGGCCGGUGCU